AACUAGACAUAACCAAUCAUUUGAAAAAUUGCUGUUUGUAAUGACUGUCUUAAAUUGAUUGAUUAAAAAAGUAGGGACGAUAUCUUGACUCGCGUUGAAUAUUAGAAUUGUGCGGAUUCCUUCAUAAAACGUUGUCUUGUCAUUGUUUUUCAGCAAUGGAUGAUUGUUGGAAAAAAAGAAGGAAAGAGAAACUAGGGUUUCUUCCUCAAAGAGAAAAUGUUUACAACGAAUUGUUGCCCUACUCAGAAUCUCUUGAUGAGGAAUCCACGAAAUUAUUUAUCGACAUUAAAACAAACUUAGUUAAAUCAAUAUUGGCACAGGAGAUGAGACCAGGAUGCGCCUUAUGGACUUCGAGGUUGAAUAAAUAUAUUAAGAUAUAUGGAAUGAAAUUCUCAAAGGAAGACCAUAUAGCUUUAAUCAAGUUAUUUUAUGAGCUGGUGACAAUCCCUGACCUAGAACCUACACGGGUUAAUAAAUGUGCAUUAACUUUGACUCAGUUGCUUAAGAAAAAAUACUUGAUCACAAGAGAUGAAUUAGAAUUGGAGUGGAGGCCAUUGUAUGACCUCUGCUUGAGAACAUUAGAAAAAAGUAAAACUGACAUAGGAAUGUAUAGAUACUUUACGACGUUCGAGGGUAAUUUGUUCAGUAUGAUAAGGGUGUGCAGGAUAUAUUUUCCCGCGUCAUCGACCCAAGAAAUCUUAGAUGAGUUCAGACCAAAGUUAUGUCCGUUUAAUAGCGCCGAAAUUUCCAGCGCCAUUCAGUAUAUGGAACUGUUUCUGCCAUCCGCAGUGAAACCGGAAGAGGCCGAUAUUAGUUACAAUUUGUGGUUCAAUGAAUUUAUGAACCUUUGGGAGGUGUGUCAUAACGCCGGCACAUGGGAAAAUCACAUGAUGUGGAUUUUGACGGGACUGGCUCGAUUUCAAAUUGGACAUAUCGACUGGGAGCCCUACAUAGCGCAAAUGUUCGUAAGAUUUCAAAGAACGUUACAGUUGCCUGUCAAGUUUAAACAGCGACAAGUUGGCAAACAACACAAAAUCGACGUGUCGGCCAUGGCGUUGUGGAUUGUUUGCGUCCUGCACAGCGACCAUAAUUCAGUUUUUUUCCAUUUAGAAAAGUUUAUGCGAACUCUGGAAUCUUACUUUUAUCCAGCUAAUGUCGGUAGGUGGACGUUUAAACUGAGGGAACUGUUGCGUAAACUUUCAUAUUACUUUGUUCAACGUGUGCACAAUGAACGUCAUAAAAAUCCGUCCUGGGACUACCAGGUUCCACAGGAUUAUAAGCUUAGGGAGGAGGACAUCGACAGAUUUGUCGAGAUUUUGAAACCGUGCGUGGAACAAGCUAUGUUUUCGAGGCUUGGCUCCCAAGAUGUCACAUUAGCUCUGUCUUAUUUGGCAUCACUGAGACCUAAAAUUAUAGUGCCAAUGACGUUAGAUAAACUAUACGCGUCCAUGGAUAGUUUAACUGAACCUCAUAAGUUGACAUCUUCCAUGAUGGGUGUUAUCGCGGUGGGAAGGCAUAUGGUUCAAGGUCCUCGAAACGACUACCCAGAAGGACCCACCCAUAUUAUACCACUCUUAAUAGCCCUUUUGCCGGGCAUAGACCCGAACGAUAUCAGAAAAUCUUAUGUGACUUUCAACUUUAUGGUACAUUUCGUCAACAUGAUCCCCUUGAUCAAUACUUCCGACGCGUACAUAUACUACGAUGACAUGACUGAAGAGGAGCACAUAGUUUGCGAGGCUACUGCGAACUUUGAAGAUUUCGUGUUACAAUUUUUCGACAGGUUGAUGCUGUGGGUAGAGUCAAGCUCCUUGGAUUUUGUCAGACUCGAGCAGAUGACGAACAACAACAACAUGAAAAAUAGAACCGAAACUAUUACGGAGACAGCUAUUGGAUCCGUUGUUAGUGUUAUUUUGACUCAGUGUUCUCCUGAUAUAUUCCAGGUCGCCUUAAAAAAAAUGUACAAUUUUGUAAUUAGUCGAAUAUUGGAGGUGCAAGUCUCAGGAAAAAUGGUAGCAAUAGCGUGUCAUUGCUUUUCAAUGAUAAAUCCGAAGGAGACUUUGAAGCUGUUUGUGCCUUACCUGUGCGACAUACUUGAAGAAUUGUUACGUGAAAAUCCACACAUUUCUACCGAGGAACACGUCGAUGCAAAAUUUUUGUACAAUUUGUUAAUACUAUCUGAGCUGGUCGAUGGUAAAGUAGAGCUGCUCAAUUACUUAGACCGUCUCACCUCCAUUUUAGAUAAGACGUUGCAUAUGACCUGCCAAGAGGUAAACUAUCUGUCAUCUCGCAUGCUUGAGUUGUUGCUUUAUUCUCUAACAGAUAUACGUCCCAAUGAAAAUCGAAGUUGCGGAGUGGAUUACUCCACUUCAGUUAAGAACUUUUUGGCUAUUAGGGAAUGGGGGAAAUCUCAGAACGUCAAAGAUCUUAAAUUAUCGUGGUAUGUCCCGGGGGCGAAUGAAGUGAAAACAGUAGAAAUGCUAGUCUGGAGGUAUUUAUUGCCAGAACUAAAUACUUUAACGAAGUAUUCUGGAGGCGAGCUCAUCCUGACUAGACAGGAACUUAAAGCGUCAUUGGUAAUACUCGUCUCGAUAUUAUCUUGUCACUUGUUGUUGCCGAUGUGGGACGAGCCAGCUUACCAAUUAGUAGAGUCGGUAUUGGAACCUUGGGCGUUUAAUCUAAGGGUAUCAAACGACGUAUCUAUUUCGAUGCCAGAUGGAAGCAACAUCAGGAAAGCUAUAGUAAAUACAAUGCACUCGCUGCAGAAAAAACUACUGACCACUGACGAAGGUGACACACAGAGUAUCAAAAUGAUUAUUGAUGUAUAUAAUAUCGUACUGUUUAACAAAACACGAAAUCAGGACUUUGAGUUCCAUUGGAAAACGUUCCAUAUGGCGAAGAAACUGUUAGAGGACAGGGUGCAGCAAAAAAAGUUGCACCUCCGACACCUGCUGAUUGAUCGGGUGAUGCUUCAGCAGGAAUUCAGGAUCGCGAGUAGAAAUUGUUCAUUUACGCGAACUCACAAGCAAAUCCUUGAAGAUUUUCUCGAACUAGGCGUAUCUCAAUACAGUGAAGUUAGGAUAGCGGCCCAAUCGAGGCUCUACCGGAUGAUAUCUUAUUUUCCAUAUUGUUCGGUGAUCCUAACGAACAAGAUCAAAGAAAUUCUUCUGAUUAAUUCGGAAGAAAACCACGAAAAAUUCAAGGGUUGCUUAUAUAUUUUGCUUGGUCCCAAAGGUACUCCCAUAAUCGCCAGACACGACUGGAAUUUCAUCAAGGAGGUGUGGCCCUUGGUCAUUCGUUCAAUGCCUUCGGAGAAGCCGUCUAUCGUGAAACUGGUUACGGGUUUGACUGAUGCUGUUUACAAGUAUUUUCCUACAAUAGCGAUUAAAUUGAUGAUACCCGAGAGGACGCUGUCAGCUGCCUACCGCUUGGCGGAUACAAGGCCUUUUACAUGCGAUUUAAGUAGUUUUAAAAGAUUUAUAGACGACGGCAAGAUUUACUUAAAGAAAAUAUCGCUCGAGAGGGAGCAGGCUUACAAUCAGACCAUCAACAACCUGUUGGAUGCUUGCGAAAGCGGAAAUUUGCACUGGCGUUACAAUGCUAUGGCUAUAACCUUUAUUAAAAGUCUAGUACACUUCGACGUCCACUAUAAUCCUAGAGUGGUGAAAUACUUCCUUCAAGCGACUAUAAGCGAAUCGCUUAACAUUCGGAAGAAUGCAAUGAAAGUUCUGGUCUUUAUUACCAUCCAGAACAAACCGAAAUUUAAAAAAAUCGAUUUCAAUCCUUUCAAGUACUCCAAUUGCACCUACGAGACCAAAUUCGUACCGGGCGAGCGGGAAGACAACCUAUGGUUAUUAUACAAUAGUAAUACUUUGCCUAAAACUGUGAGCCAAUGGGAGGAGUUGAGAUACGUCCAUGAUCAGAUUACGGGUUACUAUGCGUGGCCCAAAGAAAUGAAAGUGUACGCACCUCCAUCUCAACAAAAGUCCGCGGCCUCCAGGAUGGAGAUGCUGAGUCAAUGCGAGAAAGAGUUAUACGGAUUUUUCAGCGAUGCUUCCAGCGUAGAUCAGCUAGUUAAGUAUUUAUCUAUGGAGGACAGGAAGGGACAGGAUCAGUUCAACGCCUACAGAUUUCUGGCUUUCAAGAACUUAUUCAAAAUAUUCGAGGAUGCAUUUCUGCCAAUAUUAAUGCCUCAUAUCGAACGUCUAGUGCAGGACAACCAAGAGGCGAGCCAGAGAUGCGCCGCCGAAAUGAUAAGCGCCUUAAUUCGCGGAUCGAAACAUUGGCAAUACAGCAAGGUAGAGAAAAUGUGGACAAACCUCAUUCCUAUAAUAAAUACAGCGAUUGUGAAUAUGCUCAACGAAACCCAAACGGAUUGGGCUCUUUGCAUAUCUAUGGCUUUACAAUCUCGCGAUCCCAAUCGAAACCAUUGGUUGUUGGAAUUUCUUAUGGACGAGCCACUGAAGGAUUCCACUUCAUUCGUGACUUGCGCGCGACUUCACCUGUUGUCCAUCGCGGUCAGCCAACAGUCAUGGCGCAACGCGGAAAUAUUCAAUAGGAUGUUCAAUUAUUUCAAGCCGCAUUUGGCCCACCCUUUUCAGAACGUUAGGGAAAAAAUCAGUUCGUUUUUGACGUUCAUAUUUGGCAAGGAUCUUGUUUUCCCAAGCGGUAAUUCGACUCGGGGGCCGAAGAUCGAAGAAUUUUUCGACGAAGUGUUCGGAAAACUCGAGAGGCUGUACGAAUACAUGCUGACCAAGUCGGAUAAUGUCGGAAAAAUGGAAUCGAGCUCCGAAGUGGCACUUGCCAGUAGUUCGGUUGCCAGUAAAAAGGAGGAGCUAAUAAGAUUGUUUAAAGUUGUAUCCAAAUUUGUAUCAACGAGCAUGGUGAGAGCGAAUUUUGCAGCAAGACCAGAAUUUUUCAAGUUACUACCGCUGGCAGCCAUUUUGCAAUCAUACGAGACGGAUGAAGAGGUGUCGAAUUUAGCCACAAACCUGAUCGUAGUAUUGGCCCAAACGAUGACCAAGGAACUGUAUUUGCCAUAUGCCAUUGAAGCAAUUAAAGUUAUAUCGAAAUGUCCAUUAUGGUCGGCGAGGUCCAUAGGGUCGGAAUUUAUCCCAAUUUUUAUAUUCUACAAUAUGGCCACGAUAAAUAAGAAUAAGAAAUUCGUAGAAGAGAUACAAAAUAUUGUGUUGGAGCUUCUGGAAGAUGACCAAGUAGAAGUUAGAAUUGCCGCCGCUCAUAUUUUUAGCAAUUUGCUGCACUGCCACUUCAUCCCUAGUCCGUCUGACUUGCUGGCUACGUUCAAACAAAAGGCCAGGACGAAGUUGAAGACUAACAAAAUGAAAGAAAAGAAAUCAAUGCAGCAGCACCUGCUGAUUAGACAUGCAGGUGUCUUAGGAUUGUGCUCGUUUAUCAGCGCCCAUCCUUACGACGUACCUGACUACUUGCCCGGCAUUUUUGCAGAUUUAGGAUCACAUUUAAGCGAUCCUCAGCCUAUACCAGCUACGAUAAGGAAAACCAUGAGUGAAUUUAAAAGAACCCAUCACGAGAACUGGGAAUGUCACAAGUUGAAAUUUACCGAAGAGGAGUUGUCAAUUUUGAGUGAUCUGUUGGUGCCUCCGAGUUAUUAUGUUUAAUAGUGGAAAUACUUUGAAUAUUUUAUUAAUGAUUUUAUUUUGGACCUUUUUUCUUUUUAGUUUUACAUAGUUAUAUGGUGCAUCAUAGUCCGGGAAGUUGAUAUUUUUUAAAUAAAAUUAUUCGGUUUUAAUUCGACUUAAAUU